GAUGAGGGCCCUAGUAUUAUAAAAAGGAUCAGUACUGAAAUCUGUCUACGGCCUCUCGAUCGCUAGUGCAGUUGGAUUGUGCUGAGUACUGAGUACUGACCUCCGACAGGGCGGGAUCUCAUUAGUUCAUUCAAGGGAGCACCUUGGUGGCGCUGUGCUACACUUGGCCUUAGAUUUCAACUAGAGGCUAAGCAGAUGCUGAGAAUAGCUCUUUGUUUAGUUGACACUGACAGACAACAUGGACACCAAGGAUUGUUUACUCCAGAUGAGCCAAUGCUCUAGAAACUCUAAAAUUAAGGUAGAAGAGGACAAGACAAAUUUGAAUGCUGUUUUUAAGGUCUUGGAGCUCAACUUGCACUGGCAAGUUGAAAAUGUUCAUCAAGGAGUUGGAGUUUUCUCUGGCAUGAUGAAUUGCAAACGCUUUCCACGCACAUUCCAAUUUGGUCUGCGAUACAUAGCAGAUGUUGCAGUUGUUUCUCUUAUGAUAAUGAAUUUUAAUUAUCUGGGCCUACGAGUCCCGUUUGUUCGACUAACGUAUAACAACGGGAAACCCGUUAUGAUGAAGAGAAAGACCAGUAAAACACAGUCAAACAAACUAGAUUUAUUCACUCUCGAGUAUUGUCAAGGUUUGGACGAGGUUAGUGGUUUUACCUGCCAAAUCUUUGUCGAAGGCAUAACCGACACCUACAAGUACCAGCAGUACGACAGAUUGUUAACUGAUCAACUGUGGGAUUCCAUGCGGUUUUGCUGUUGGACGGAUUUUAAGUUUUUCAUCCGAGAAAAUGUUUUCAACGCUCACAAAUUUGUACUUCGUGCACGGAGCACUCGUUUAGAAGGCGACAUUAGACGUGUGGAUACAAUCCGUUUGAACGACGAUUUGGAUCCUGACACGUUCAAGUGCUUCCUGUAUUUCCUCUACACCGGAAGACUGUUGUUGGCAAACUUCAAAGCCAACAUAGAUCAAUUGUUGAGCUUGGCCGACACAUAUUUAGUGGAAACGCUCACACAGCUCUGCCGGAAGGAUCUUGCGAAAUUGAAAGAAGGUUACUUCCCCGAGUGCUUUAUGUCUACCGGGCCUGCCGCCGUACCGGGCCUGCCAACAUCUACAGAUCUUGAUCUUAAGCCUAAAUCAAAAAUUUGCAGCAAGCCGGACACGGUCGAAAUUCGGUGUAAUUGGGAAAUAAACCAAUUACCUAAAAAUUACUUGGUCAGAGCAGUCAAUUUUAACCAGCAGGAAGCAUUUCACGUUUGCUUCCGGUCUGGUGAUCAUUCGGACGAAAGUAAAGGAAAUCAUGCCUUGUUUAUAUUCAGCAAGCAGUGGCCCGAAGGUGGACUCGAAGUGGUGGAUAUAACCAUUUCAAUCACCGAAAAAUCUUUAAGUGAUGGAAAGCACCCGAAAAGUAAACGGUUCGCGGUCAAUAGAUGGCCGAAGGUAGCAGGAUUGAAUCCUGCCAUGGCUGUUUUCUCAGCUGAUCUUGAAAAUUUUCUACUCCAACCUCCCUUUGCCAUUUUAUUUUUAAUUGAGUUGUCUUCCGAGAGCGCAGGGUACUAUUCUUACCAGCCAAGAGAUACUCACUUAGCCGAUAAUCUCUGGUCUGCUGCAUUCGGUGCCUAUUUAACUGACGCUGAAAUUAGCGUCGAUGGAAGAAUUUUUAGAGUUCACAAGGCCUUAAUGGCAGCUCGUUCUCCGGUUUUUAGGGAAUUAUUGUGUUCAGAAAAUGUGAAAGAACCUUGCUUAAAGCGUAUUGUGGUUGAAGAGAUUAACUCGUCAAUUUUCGAAGAGGUUCUGUACUUUAUGUACACUGGAUCGUUGCGAGUAUCUGUCGGUGAUGAAAGACUGUUAGCAGCUGCUGAAAAGUAUCAAAUUGAAACUUUGAGAAUACUAUGUGAGAACCAAGUGAGACGCCAUGAUCAGAGUAUCGAAGAUCUUUGUUCUUUUUUGCAAAUGGUUGCAUAAGUUUUGCUUCUGGUCCUGUUUCAAUUUUGUUAAUGUUUCGUUGUCGAUAAAUACAGCCGUUGUCUUGCGCCAUCAAAA